CAUGCGCAUUUUCUGCAUUUGCAAAGUAUUGAUGAGAAUGACAGAUGAGCGAAAUUUUCGUUCUUCGUAUUAUGAAAAGGUUGGUUUCCGAAGUGUCGAAGAGAAGAAAUCCCUCGAAAUAUUGCUCAAAGAUCGUCCUUUUGACAAAGGGAAAUUAAAGCAAUUUUGCCUAAGAUUUGCAGUACCUGCGAUACACAGAAAUUUCCUCUGGAAAAUUUUAUUAGGUGUGAUACCCGUUUACGAAGAAAGCCACGAUUUCGUAAUGAAACAACGCAAAGCUGAAUUUGAGGAUAUACAGCAAACACUCAGAGACGCAAAAAUCUUUGACGAAUUAUUAAAACCUUCGCAGAUGUUUCUGAUGAUGUGGGUUUUGCGAAAUAAACGACCUAAGCUUGAUAUCAGCACUCAAAUGGAAUCUCAGCUCUUCAGGUCAAUGAGCAGAAUGGCUGAGAGUCUCUGGAAGAUUACGAUUAUCGAUCAAGAUCAUGAAAAACUGGUGGACAUGUACUGGGUGUUGAGUGGCUUUUUGGACCACGUUCAGAAAUUUCACAAGGACGUAGAUCGAUUAAAAGAAUGCACCUGCACUCUUCUCGAACGAGAAGAUCAAGAUUUACAUAAUUACCUCCACAAAAUCGGUGCUCUGCAAACUCUUCCUUAUGAAACCUGGUUUUAUUCUUGUUUUGCCGGCACAAUUACCGACGGCUCGAUUACAAAGAUCUGGGAUAAAAUAGCAGUCGGAGCCUACAAAAUAUUAGUAUAUGUUUUAGUAGUCAAAUUAACAACUCUAAGAAGAUUUCUAUUAAGAUGCGAAUCCCUUCAGGAUGUUCUGGAUGCGAUUGCGAAUAUAACUGAGGAAACAUCAGAGGUGAUAGUCAAUAAAGCGAUUGAAUUAUGGCAGCAAAGCGGAUCCAUUUCUAGUUCACAGAACACCAUCACUGUUGUACAAAGUUCUUGAGUCUUUAUUUUUUUAAAGAACACGUUGUUUUCAUUUUAGGUGACAUUUUUAAAAUAUUGAAUGAAGGGCAUCCUUUCAGUCUGAUCUAUACAAAUAUUGUCAAUAACCGUUUUUUGUAAAACUAGUGGUUUUUCGACUUGAGGAGUAACAUAAAUUUUGAUAAAAAAAA